AUGCAAAUCAAGAUGGACAACGCAAAGGACCAGUCAUGUUCGAACGUCGAAUCCGCUUCACAUACGUUUCAUCCAUGUGAAGGACGCCAAGUUGAGCAGAGAUCCGCCCAUAGACAGACAAGUCGUGCAACAAGGUCUUCCGCAAGGCCUUUCUUUGAGCCAAGUAUCGAAGCUGUUGCCGGCUCCAGCGUCACUGCCACGUCUCAUGCGGAAAGUGCGUCCAAAAACGCACAAGGAAGCCCAUUGAGGUCUUCCAACAGAAAGAGCAACCAACGAUAUGAGCCCUACGGCAAGAUUUCUCCAUUGAGAGGCUCUAGCAUGGCUUCUCGGCAACUUCCUUCCAUAAAUGAUUCGCCGUCGCAACGAAUUCGACUGGUUCCAGACGAAAUUGUGGAGUAUCAUGGCACUGAGGCUCGGCCUCGUCCGUGGCGUAACACCCCUCCUGAAGCCUAUCUUGACAAGAUAGAUCGAAUAGACAGAUCUCGUAUGUUCAUUGUAGGGCAACAAGUUCAUGAAACGAAGAAUCGCCUCGAAUUUCACUUUCAGGUUGUCGGAUCCACUGGUAAUAUCUAUACAGUCAAGAUUGGGAAGCUGCCUUCCUGUGACUGCCCAGAUGCCAAAUUCCGAGGUCGCGGCGAGUGCAAGCACAUUGUUUAUGGUACGUCCCGACAAUCGAGCAGCCUCUACAAGUAUUCUCAUCCUAUCACCGUUCCUAAAUUAUCACCUCAACACCCCAAUAUUCUUACUCUUCUCAUUUCCUUAGUACUUCUCAAAGCACUCAACGCGAGACCAGAGCUACGCUAUCAACUUUCAUUUGUGCCCUCGGAGCUCCGGGAGAUGUACGAAGGCUCUCUCAUGAGUGCGUUCGAAGCAAAGGGGAUCUUAGAUCAGGACCAUGAAGGUCACCGCAAGCCUCUUGACGGUGCAUGUCCGAUCUGCUUCACCGAUUUCACUCCCAAAGAUAAGACCGUGUGGUGUCAAACCGGGUGCGGAAACAAUGUCCACAAAGUCUGCUUUGAGCAAUGGGCUCGCGCAUCACGAUCCUCACAAGGUCCUGUUCGCUGUAUUUACUGCCGCAUCGAAUGGCCGAGUCCUGGAUCGGAUCCAAAGGUCGAGAAACUUCGACAGAGUGGAACUUUAGGGCCAGGUGGCUACAUCAAUGUCGCGGAGCAAUUCGGCCUUUCGCCAAAGCGCGGUACGAGCUGCUCUCUACUCUUCGAGAUACUCCUCUUCUUCAACUUCCCGACGAUCGCGCUCCUCUGGGCGGCGUGA